UCUCGAAUAUACCAUGAGUUUCUGCAAGGGAUACAAGAUAUCAGUGAAAAAACCACUCAUUCCCUUGAAGAUAGUACUAUUCUGUUAUUAUGGAGCCGGAUCAUUUCUUACACCCUUUAUAACAGUCUAUUUCAAGCAACGUGGUGUGACACUUACCGAAUUGUCUACUUCCUAUUUUGUAGGACCAAUCUUUCAAGUUGGUGGAACUUUGCUAUCUGGAAUCGUAGCAGACAAAAUAGGACGCUCGAAGCCAGUACUAGUAGCUAAUCUAGUACUUACUAUUGCUAUGGUUGCUUGCAUUCUUUCAGUGCCUCGACCAAAACACACCGACUGCGAAGAUCGAACUUUAAAUAUCGAAUGCGAUUCUCUUCUGCAACUUUCAAAUGCUACUAAUUCAAACUGCGGAGAAACAUUGAAAGGAAUGAAUGCGUGUAACACUAACUGUUUAACUAAUUUUACAAACACGUGCAGAGAACGCAACAAAAUGGCUAAAUCUUCGGAUAUUUCACCACUUUUUCUGGAAUACCAAGCGAACGAAACUAUUCAAAUCACUAAUAUUUGCGCUUUUAGUAAUUUAUCGAUGUGUCAGUGCAAUUUAAACGACGUGAAUUGUAAUGUUGAGUGUGAGGUAAAAUCCUCCAAAAUUUGCUACGAUGAAAACCAAAGAAGUAUAUUAAGCAAAGUAGCAAUGAUGUUUUAUGUAUGUUUGAUGGUGGUAUAUUCAAACUCGUACCGCAUUUUGGAUGUUACAGCAAUGUAUUUGGUAACCGAGCAUGAUUCCAAUUACGGAAAAGAACGUUUCUUUUCAAUAGCUGGCAAUAUGAUUAUAUCACCGAUAGCAGGGUAUCUAGUCAAAAUCACCACUACUCUCGAAGAAGAGAAAAACUAUGCCACUGCUUUAUACUUUUUUAUUGCCUUGAAUAUAUUUGCUCUUCUUGUUGUUUAUAAAUUGGAUGUUCGUAUCAAACCACCAGGAAAACAAAUGAUGAAAAAAGCGUUAAUUCUGUUGAAAAACCCAGACGUACUAACCUUCGCUUUGGUAGUAUUUGUUCUUGGGACAUGCUGGACAUUUACUAAAAAGUUUUUAUUUUGGUAUUUAGAAGAAAUGCAAGCACCAACUAUUCUUAUAGGGCUAAUACCCGCUAUAAGUGCUUUAUACGGCUUACCCUUUCUUCUAACUUCUGAUUGGUGGAUGAGAAAAAUUGGAACAACAAACUUCUUUGUGCUGGGCCUUCUAGGAUAUAUCAUCUAUGCACUUGGGUAUUCAUUUUUAGUAAACACUUGGAUAUCAUUAGCAUUAGAAGCGUGUAAUAUUGUAACUUACCAUCUCUUGUGGGUUGCUGUAGUCCUAAGAAGUCAUGAAUUAGCUCCUGAAGGGCUGGUAGCCACUGUAAUAGCCAGUGCUGGAUCUAUUCAUUAUCACAUAGGUAAGACUUCGGGAAGCUUGAUUGCUGGAGUGGUGAUGAACAAGCAUGGUGGACCAGUUGCUUUCCGUGUCAUCGCUGGAAUCUGUUUCGUUUGCGCCAUCUGCUACUCAAUUUAUCUCUAUUCAAGGCAUGUGUAUCUAAAGAGGUUUACUUUAUCACAGAAAGAUAAAUAUGAAGACAGGAACUUUGAACCAAAUGCUAUCAUCUGAAGCAAAGUUGAUCAUAAACGAUAUACAGACUAUAAGAACUUGUACACAACUAUUCGAAAUAAACUAUUCAAAUACUUUUAAUUUAAAUUGUUUUAAGACUGCCAUCGGAAGGGCGUGUAAUAUUAUUGAUCUUGUCAUGUAAAUCCUUUUUUAUGAAAUUUCUGUUCAUGUUGCGAAAAAAACUGUUUCUUUUUCAAUACUUUCUUUUCUUCAAAAUAGUCAAUUAAAAUUUGGUCGUAACUUGAUAUUCAAAAGACAUAAGUAUUUUAAACAGUGAAAAAUCCCCCAACUGCGAAGUACCAUCCUUAUAACAAGAAAUAAAAAGAUUGGACAGAGUUAAGAACUUAAAUAUUUAUAGAGUAGAAGAGAGAUUGCAAGAUUACGAAAUUGUUGCGAAGAGAAACUUUCUGUCUGUGCCACGGUGACUCAGGGGAUAGAAGAUCCAGGUUCGAAUUCCAGCGGUGGCUGGUUUAUACGAAUUCUGCCUCCGGCUCAUACCAACCACAGUGCGGACGUAAAAUAUCCUAAUUGGUAGUUGGAUCAUAGGUUUAUUUCACUUGAUUUAGGGUAAAAUAAUGAAUAGAAAACUAUCCCUAAUUUGCCUAAAUAGAAAUAUCAAAUGUCUGUAUCGAACAAGUCAAACAUAUCACUUUUUGAACAUAAAAGAAUUAUAACUUUUUAACUAUUAUCUAUCAUGCUUAUUUUUAUUCCAUUCACAAUAAAGAAUAACUUUGGAAAAAAUCCCUCAUUUGUCUAGACAGCAAUAUUCCAAUUUAUCUCCUUUUUGCUUUAGUCGAAACCAUAUGAGCGAGGUAAUGCAAUUUUUUACCUCUUUCGAGAAUAGGGUACUAAAGAGGUUGCCCCUGGGUAGAACUUUUAUGAUUUUUGAGCUAUCUGUACAGUGCUUAAAAUUAUUAAGAGCAUAAUCGACUUUCAUGAAACAGUCAAUAAAAACUAAGGAUUUUGAUUAGUAA